UUUAUUAUUUUAGCAGUGGAGCUGUAGGUGCAGCGAAGACUAUUUUAAUACAGCAGGUGUUUUCUUUGUAGCGCGCCCGAUACGAUGGGACAGUGUGGGAUUACGUCGUCUAAAACCGUCCUGGUUUUUCUUAACCUCAUAUUUUGGGCGGCAGCUGGAAUUUUGUGCUACAUUGGAGCCUAUGUGUUUAUCACAUAUGACGACUACGACCACUUCUUUGAAGAUGUGUACACUUUGAUUCCUGCUGUUGUGAUCAUAGCUGUGGGGACUCUUCUGUUCAUCAUCGGUUUGAUUGGUUGCUGUGCAACAAUACGUGAAAGCUCCUGUGGCUUGGCAACGUUUGCUGUCAUUCUCCUGUUGGUGUUUGUGACGGAGUGUGUGGUGGUGGUUCUCGGCUACAUCUACAGGGCAAAGGUAGAAGAUGAGGUGAAUCACUCCAUCCAGAAGGUUUACAAUGAAUACAGCGGCGCCAACAGGGACGCUCCCAGCCGUGCUAUUGACUAUGUGCAGAGGCAGCUGCACUGCUGUGGUAUUCACAACUACUCUGACUGGAGGAACACGCGCUGGUUUAAAGAAUCCAAGAACAACAGCGUCCCCGUCACUAACAACUAG